UAUCUCUUCUCUGUCUCUAGUCUACUGCCUCACUCUCUUCUCUGUUUUUAUUUUUUCUCUGCAAUCAAUUCUAACUAAAGCUUUGUCUAAUCCAUCAAUAAUCUCUCAUUUUGAAAAAAUAAUGGCGGAAACUUGCACUAGAAAGCUGAUUGUUGAAGUUUGUAACGCCAAGAAUCUGAUGCCGAAGGACGGUCAAGGCACAGCCAGUGCUUAUGCUAUCGUGGACUACGACGGCCAGCGGCGCAGGACGAAGACAAAGUUCAGAGAUCUGAAUCCAGAGUGGGACGAAAAGCUUGAAUUUCUGGUCCAUGAUACAGAGUCCAUGGCUAUGGAGAUUUUAGAGAUCAAUCUCUAUAACGAUAAGAAAACGGGAAAAAGAAGCACUUUUCUUGGUAAAGUUAAAAUUGCUGGGGCUGGAUUUGUUAAAGCUGGAUCCGAGACUCUGGUUUACUAUCCAUUGGAAAAAAGAAGCGUAUUUUCACAGAUUAAGGGAGAGAUCGGUUUGAAAGUUUAUUAUAUUGAUGAGGAUCCACCGGCUGCAGCGCCAGACCAAAAACCAGCAACGGUUGCUCCGGCUUCAGUGGAGGAGAAGCCAGCUGAGGAUGGAGCAAAAGCAGAAGGAGAAAAAAAGGAAGAGAAAGCUGAAGAGAAGAAAGAAGAAGAGAAAAAUGAAGAACCAAAAACUGAGUCCACUGCGGAAGCUAAAAAUGAAGAGGAGAAACCAAGUCCGCCGCCGGAGGAAAACGAGUCAAAAAAAUCGGAGGAGGCUUCUCCAGCGUCACCGCCAGUAGUGCCAGAAGUGGAAAAUCCACCGUUGGCACACAGUGAGAAGAGUUUAAAGGAGCAAAAGGAUAAAAAAGUUGAUAGUGGGAAAAGUUCCGAUCUCACAAUCAACGACCUCGAGCUCCGAUCACUGGCUAGCGAUCGCGGCCACAGUGCCUAUGAUCUGGUAGAUCGCAUGCCAUUUUUAUAUGUUCGAGUUGUAAAGGCCAAAAGAGCAAGCUCUGAAUCUAAUCCUCCUAUAUAUGCAAAGCUUGCGAUCGGUACACAUAGUAUCAAAACCAAGAGCCAUAGUGACAGAGACUGGGACCACGUUUUUGCUUUUGAUAAGGAGGGACUGAAUUCAACUUCUUUGGAGGUUUCUGUAUGGGCAGAAGAGAAGAAAGAGAACGAGGAGAAAACAGAGAGUUGCCUAGGCACGGUGUCGUUUGAUUUGCAGGAGGUUCCAAAAAGAGUACCUCCUGACAGUCCUCUAGCUCCUCAAUGGUACAGUUUGGAAUCUGAGAAGUCACCGGGAAAUGACGUCAUGCUUGCAGUUUGGGUCGGAACUCAGGCAGAUGAGGCAUUUCAGGAGGCUUGGCAGUCGGAUUCUGGUGGGCUAAUACCCGAGACCCGAGCCAAGGUGUACUUGUCACCGAAGCUUUGGUAUUUGAGAUUAACGGUUAUCCAAACCCAGGAUUUGCAGCUAGCUUCGCCAACCGAACCUAAGGCUCGGAGUCCAGAGCUGUAUGUUAAGGCUCAACUUGGGGCGCAGAUUUUCAAAACGGGUAGGACUUCUGGUGGGUCUUGUUCCUCCAGCUCGGCUAAUCCCACGUGGAAUGAGGAUUUAGUCUUUGUGGCGGCUGAGCCGUUUGAGCCGUUUUUGGCAUUGACAGUGGAAGACGUGACCAAUUCUCAACCGGUUGGCCAUACUAAAAUACCCACGGCAAGCAUCGAACGGCGCAGCGAUGAUCGUACGGAGGCAAAGUCAAGAUGGUUUAACAUGGUUGGCGAUGAGAAUAGGCCGUACACAGGGAGAAUACACGUGAAGGUAUGUUUAGAAGGUGGUUAUCACGUGCUAGAUGAGGCAGCUCACGUGACUAGCGAUGUUCGAGCUUCGGCUAAACAAUUAGCCAAGGCUCCUAUUGGGUUAUUAGAGGUUGGGAUUCGAGGGGCCACUAAUCUACUGCCAGUUAAAACUAAAGACGGCACACGUGGCACUACCGAUGCUUAUGUGGUGGCAAAAUAUGGGCCCAAGUGGGUUCGUACCCGUACGGUCCUUGAUCGAUUUAAUCCACGGUGGAAUGAGCAAUACACAUGGGAUGUAUACGAUCCGUGUACUGUACUUACCAUUGGUGUGUUCGAUAAUGGAAGGUACAAGAAAGACGAAGCAGGAAAACCAGGAAAAGAUGCGAGGGUAGGGAAAAUACGUAUACGCUUAUCAACACUCGAUACGAACCGGGUAUACCUAAACUCUUAUUCGCUUACCGUGUUGCUUCCUGGUGGGGCCAAGAAAAUGGGAGAGAUUGAGAUAGCCGUCAGAUUUUCAUGUUCAUCGUGGCUGAGUUUAAUCCAAGCGUACACCACUCCAAUGCUACCUAGAAUGCAUUAUGUGAGGCCAUUGGGUCCAGCCCAACAAGACAUAUUGCGGCAUACGGCGAUGCGGAUAGUCACGGGUCGGCUAGCCCGAUCUGAGCCUCCAUUGGGUCAAGAAGUGGUUCAGUUUAUGUUGGAUAGUGAUACGCACAUGUGGAGUAUGAGGAGAAGUAAGGCUAAUUGGUUUAGAGUUGUGGGUUGUCUCACACGUGCGGCUACUUUGGCACGUUGGUUAGAUGGGAUCCGCACGUGGGUACACCCACCAACUACUGUUUUAGUUCAUGUAUUGCUUGUGGCUGUUGUGUUAUGUCCACAUCUAUUGCUCCCCACCGUAUUCAUGUACGCCUUCUUGAUUUUAGCAUUGAGAUUUCGCUAUCGACGAAGGGUCCCAAACAGUAUGGACCCGAGACUUUCGUACGUGGAUGCUGUGGGUCCAGACGAGCUUGAUGAGGAGUUUGAUGGAUUUCCAACGACAAGACCGGUUGAUGUGGUCAAAAUUCGAUACGACAGAUUGCGGGCCCUAUCAGGUAGGGCCCAGACACUUUUAGGCGAUUUGGCAGCUCAAGGGGAGCGUUUAGAGGCUUUGUUUAACUGGAGGGACCCAAGAGCUAGUGGGAUUUUCGUAGUGUUUUGCCUUGUUGCUUCGCUGGUAUUUUACGUGAUUCCAUUUAGGUUGUUUGUGCUAGGGUCUGGAUUCUAUUACGUUCGACACCCAAGGUUCCGCGACGACAUGCCGUCUGUCCCUAUGAAUUUUUUCCGGCGACUACCGUCGCUGUCAGAUCAGAUUCUGUAAACUUGGGUUUUGACAGUUGCAGUUUCUUGGUGGAAGGAACUGCGGGUAGCCGUUUUUAGUUUUUGUAACGUGGGUAUUAAUUAAUAUUAUUUUUUAUUAUUUAGUUCUUUAA